AUGGAGGAUGUUGGAGAUGAUGAAGGAUUUUUCAUACCUUCAAGAGCCUUGGGCUACCAGCUUAUCGGCACCUUUAUGGAACACGCACCAACCGGCGAGCUUUAUUUCUGUACUCCUCCGGAUGAUCUCUCAAAGCAGAUUGUGUUUCAUCCAGAACAAUUCACACAAAAAGCGUGGCUUGUGUUCUUCAACUACAUUAUGCUCGCACAAGCUUCGACCGAGGAGGAAAACCACGCCAACCAAGCCGAAAAGUUUCCGCGCAACGUGCGAAGGGCACUCAACAACAGCAGCAUUUUCUUAGAGCCGCGAGAAAUCAAUGUACAAGCUCUAUCCAUCAUGGCAAUGCAUGGUGAAGACUAUACAUCUCCGAACCUCUCUUGGAUGAUCGUUGGGCACGCUUGCCGUCAAGCUGAGGCUUUGGGCCUACAUGUGCUGCCACAUCUCGACUUUGAGUCUCACCAGCGGAGCUUGACCCUCUUUUGGCUCUUAUUCAUUGUUGAUGAGUCAUGCACCCUUGCAUUUGGUCGAUCUCCAUUUCUUCCGGAAAAUUCGUAUCAAGACGUUCCGCUGCCGGAGUUCAGCUACCCUGUCAAGUUCCAGCCCCAUACCGGCAGCCAUUUCGCCGGCUCACAAACGCCGUCGAAACCAUCUCAAUUCGGCGCCCAUUUCUUUAUCGGAGGUAUAAAGCUUGCCAAGAUCAUGGGAUCGAUUAUCGAGUUUCUGUCUCCUGGCCCGUCUGCUUUCACAAGGCAUGAAAUCAAAAUCAAGCUUGAAAAGUGGUAUGCAGAGACAAUAAAGAUAUUGGAAGAUACUAUUAAGGCUGAGAAGAACUCCCUUACGAUCUCCCAACUCCAGGAAAUGUCCCUUGGUCUCAACAGUACGAGGUUUCAGUACCUGCAUAUCGUCAUUAUCCUCCUCAAAGGCGACGAGCCUUCUGCAAAUCUCAGGUUGGAAGCUGCAAGAGAGGCCAUAUUCCUGCUCCCGACAGUAGUUUCCAACUGGUCGUCGGUCUACAAUGGGGUUAUAUGGCAUCUUCUUUACUAUCCAUUCAUCUCUUUCUUCGUCAUAUUCGAGAACCUGGUCCAUAACCACGCCUCUCACUCCGCAGUCACCAUUGAUCAAGACCUUCAGCUACUAUCAACAGCUGUGUCAUACUUCAGCGGGUUGCCGCAGUAUUUUUCCAACUAG